CAAAUUGGAGUAAUCUCCCUCCCAACAAACAAUGCUCCAUUAACUCAGUCAUAGUCUAAUCUUCCCAGCACCAGCAGAUCUUUUUUUUUCCUGCAAGUAUUGGGUGAUGGAUUCAUGUGACUGUGUUGAGGUCCUGCCCCCCGUGGAUGAGCUGUUGGUGAAAUACCAAUACAUCUCAGAUUUCUUCAUAGCAUUUGCUUACUUCUCCAUCCCCUUAGAGCUUAUUUACUUUGUCCACAAAUCGGCCUGUUUCCCUUACAGAUGGGUUCUGAUGCAAUUUGGAGCCUUCAUUGUUCUCUGCGGAGCGACCCACUUGAUAAACCUCUGGACUUUCUCCACCCACUCCAAGACCGUUGCCAUAGUGAUGGCCAUCUCCAAAAUGUCAACUGCUGUUGUCUCGUGCGCGACUGCUUUGAUGCUUGUCCACAUCAUUCCUGACCUGCUGAGUGUGAAAACAAGAGAGACGUUCUUGAAAACACGGGCAGAAGAGCUUGACCGGGAAAUGGGACUGAUAAUCAAACAAGAAGAGACUGGUAGGCAUGUUAGAAUGUUGACUCAUGAGAUUAGGAGUACUCUUGAUAGGCACACGAUAUUAAGAACUACCCUAGUUGAGCUUGGUAGGACUUUAGACUUGGCAGAAUGUGCUUUGUGGAUGCCGUCUCAAAGAGGCACUGUUUUACAGCUUUCGCACACUCUUAAUAACCUUAUACCGGUUGGGUCUACAGUGCCGACAAAUCUUGGGAUUGUCUGUGAUAUUUUCAACAGCCCGGGAGCAAUAUUGAUUCCACAUUCUUGUGAGCUGGCUAGGAUUAGGUCUUCUGGUGUUAACGUAGGGAGACAUGUUCCUCCUGAAGUUGCAGCUGUUCGUGUUCCUCUUAUACAUCUCUCCAAUUUCCAAAUAAACGACUGGCCUGAACUUUCUGCAAAAACUUUUGCUGUUAUGGUUCUUAUCCUCCCUAUGAAUGGCGUGAGGAAAUGGCGGGAACAUGAACUAGAACUAGUCCAAGUUGUCGCCGAUCAGGUUGCUGUGGCUCUUUCUCAUGCCGCGAUUUUGGAGGAGUCGAUGCGGGCCCAUGAUCAGCUGAUGCAACAAAACAUUGCUUUGGACUUGGCCCGGCAGGAGGCAGAGAUGGCAAUCCACGCACGCAACGACUUCUUAUCCGUGAUGAAUCAUGAAAUGAGAACGCCAAUGCACUCGGUCAUAUCUUUGUGUUCACUGCUUUUAGAGACAGACUUAAAUCCAGAACAAAGGAUUAUGAUGGAAACUGUACUCAAGUGUAGCAAUCUUCUAGCAACACUGAUUAAUGAUGUACUGGAUAUCUCCAGACUUGAAGAUGGUAGUCUUGAAUUGGAGACUAGAACAUUCAAUCUUCAUGCAGUGCUCCUAGAGGUUGUGAAUAUGAUAAAGCCUAUUGCAGCAGUGAAGAAACUGUCAACGGCUUUAUCUUUAGCUCUUGAUGUUCCUAUCCAUGUUUCCGGAGAUGCCAAAAGGCUGACACAAAUCUUGUUGAAUGUUGCCGGGAAUGCUGUUAAGUUCACAAGAGAAGGUCAAGUUUCAAUAGAGGCUUCUGUUGCCAAACCAGACUACAUAAGAGGUCGGCACUCUGAGUUUUAUCCUCCAUCUUGUGAGGGCUACUUUUAUCUACGCGUGCAGGUAAGAGAUUCUGGGUGUGGUAUUAGCCCUCAAGAUAUGCCGUUCGUUUUCACCAAAUUUACAGAGCCUCGAAGCGCUUCAAACCGAAGCAACAGUGGGGCCGGUCUUGGACUCGCCAUUUGCAAAAGAUUUGUGCAACUGAUGGGGGGUCAUAUAUGGGUGGAAAGCGAGGGUGCACGGAAGGGCACCACGGUAACAUUCAUAGUGAAACUCGGGACGUGCAUUUAUCCGAACACGCCCGCAAUUGUGGGGCCCACCCCACCCCGAGGAGGAAGAGCAGCAAACCAAGGCAGCGGCGAUGAUCUCUUCAAAUAUAGGCAUUACCCGAGACGCGACAAUGGGUUGAUGUAUGCGACUGUUCCACGCUACCAAAGGAGUCUAUAGGCAUAUAUAGCUUAUGUUGCAAAGGAAUGUGGCUGCUCCCAAGUGAAUGGGUAAAGCCAAGCCUACAAGGUACAUUAUGGCUUCCAUGCUCUCUUUUUUGACCAUUGCAGAGAAGAUUCAUCCCCAAAAAUGGUGUUCCCAAGUUUUAUCCCACCAAACAAAUGUGGUUUUAAUGUCUGGAAAAUUAUGUCUGUAAGAACAAAAAUGAGAUGAAUUAAAGUUAGGGCACCACU